CCCGAGAGCCACCAGAGGGCGGCAGGUUGCAGCACUUUCACUAACCAGGAGCGUCUGGUUGUUGUUGCUGCUGCUUUGUGUGUAAGUUGCAUCGGCUCUGAGAGCAGCUAUUCACGGACCGUGCGCCGCAGACACCGCCGCUCUCCUCGUCGACAACUCUGUUUGCCUGAGAGGUUUCAACACAUUGGCACGUCGCAGCUGCGGGACUUGUCAACUCACCGUCUACCGGCGGAAAUUCGAAGCCCGCGAUGUUCAAUCCGCACAUCCAUCAGCAGCAGCAGCAGCAGCAGCAACAGCAGCAGCAGUUUCAACAGCACCUCCGGCAGCUACAGCAACUUUUCCAGCAGCAGCCCCCGCCUCCCCCGCCGCCGCAGCCGCCUCCGGGUCAUCAUGUCGCCCAUCACCACCACCAGACGCAGCGAGCCCUCCCUGGGCCUCCCCAGACAGCCAAUUCUGCCAGGAUGGUCAACCUGUGCCAGGCGACCCAGACUACCAUCCUCGCCCCCAAUCCCAUGCUGCAGGGGGCCCUACUGAUGCAGCAGAUGCAGGGUAAUGCUAUGCGGAACUUUGGGAUGGGUGGGCAGCAGUUCCGUCAGUUCUUCACAGCUGGGUCCAGGUCGUCUCUGCUGGGGCCGGUUCCCAUGGGCAUGGCCAUCAACUCCCCCAUCAUGGGUUUCCCAGCUGCACGAUCAUUUCAUCCACACGCUCGCUACUACAACAACAACAACAACAACACCAACAACAGCAUCCCCACUACAGCCCCUUCCUCCUUCUCUUCAUCCACCAUCACAGACGUCGUGGCUCGCCAGCCAGACAGGAAGCAUGACAGCGAGCAGGUGGCAGCAGGGAGCACAACCGAGGAACCGGCUGAAAAGACUGAAUCAGUGGCAGGAGUAGACGGGCCUACACAGAUUUUGGAGGGGGAUCUUGACGAACCUGCAGUGAAAAAGCAGAGGAUAGAGGGGCCAGAGAUAAUCACUAUUGCAGAUGCUGAGGCAGAGGUUCUUACUUCAGUUUCUAACGGCAACACAUUGGAGAGACGUUCUGAAGAUUGCGCCAUUCUGGGAGAAGGAGGUUCUACGGGGGAAUCGGAUGUUGUCGAGAUGCUGGAGGAGAGCAGAGCUGAAGAGAUGCACAGCUGCUUGUCUGCCCCGUCACCGUCUGGCAGGCUGAGUGAAGAUGACCAGCAGGUUAAUUUACCCCCGGAGGAGAUGCUGCAGGGAAAAGAUGACUCCUUGGGUUCAGCAGGCGACCAGGAAGAAGGGGAGGAAGGUGUCGCGGAGGGCGCCAACAAGUUCUACUGCUACCUCUGCAGCAUUACCUGCCACAACCAGCAAAACUUCAGGAGUCACAUGAACAGCGUCUCCCACCAGCAGAGGAUGAUGGAGAUCCAACACAUGAGCAACGCCUGUCUGGUCACACUGCUGCCACGAGUGCAGGAGUCUCUACAGGGAGCAAACAAAGAUGGGGAGAAAAAAGCCGACUUGAAGCAUUGGUGUGCCACCUGUCACACCCACUUCACCAGCAGCAUCAUGGACCACCGUCGCACCGAGGAGCACAAACUUGCCAGUAGAGCAGCCAUCUCCUCCUGCACGGUCUGCAAGAAACACUUCAGGACCGCUCAGAUUUUUGUGGAGCACUUGCAGUCCCAGGAGCAUAAACAGAAAAUGGAGAAGCUGCAGGAAAAGGAUGGCUGUGAGGCCUUGGCCAAGCUGACUGCCAUGGACACGGACGGCUUUUCAUUGGAGGAGGAAGAGGAGGAGGAGGAGGGCAGUGAGGUGGAAGAGAGACAGAGGAGUGAUGGAGACCAAGAUUGUUCUGAGAAACAGGAUGGCUGCUCCGCCGUUAAAGAGGUGACUCUGAAGAACAUGACCAGUGACGAGCAGUAUGACCCAGACACGGUCUACGGGUCCAAUUUCUUGGUUCCAGUCGCAGGUUUUAUUUGCAGACUCUGCAACAAGUUUUACCACUUUGAAUCCUCUUCCCUACACACCCACUGCAAGUCACUGAUGCACUUCGAGAACCUCAAGCGGCACAGAGCGUCACACAGUCAAAAGGGCAAAGCUGCAGAAUCUUCCAGAGAAUGUCUCCUAGCAACAGACGGCCUCAGGCCCGUUACAGAAAGCACCACAGACUUGUCAGAAGAGAAUUCCCUCUCCGAUGACACAGGUGCAGUGAUAAACGUGAACUCCAUGCAGCCCAAAAUUGCACUUGCUCGAUUGGAAAUGCAGACGGAAGACCGGCAACGUGAGAAUGAAUCGGAACCCAAUCCGGCUUCGCAGGACGCCUGCACCACCUCCGCGACCUGCGCCGGCAGCACAGACCAAGACCUUGGCCUACGCAGCCAAGAGGAAGAGACCCCAUCCCAGGCAUCUGUACUCCAGGAGAGUCCCGCUGAGCUUCCCGCCGGCGGCAGAGAGGAGCCGGACUCCGAGCCGGCAGCUGCUGUUGAGGAUGCUAAUGAAGAGGAGGAGGAGGAGGGGGAAGCUCCUGUGCGCCCGGGGAAAAAGAACAGCACAAGGAAGGAAAAAAGCACAGCCAAACGCAGGUCAGGGAGGGCCGCAAGCAGGCGCUGACACAAAGAGGCGACGCGGAAAGACAGGAAACCGAGUACGAGCUCCGGACAUGGGAUGUGUCACGAUGUGACGAGGUGCUUUCAUCAAACAGCGACCAGGACACACACAGGCCAGCCUCUCUCUCUACACAUUGGAAAAUUAAACAACUCGCAGACAAAGAGGAAGACUGUUGAUGGUGAAUUGUGGAACGUGACUUGUUCGGUCAUGUGAGUUGCUCUUGCAGGGUUGAAUAUUAACGCUUGACUGAAAUUGUGGGUUGCGCAGCCAUACUGAAUUAAAUCACAGCUAUGACCAUGAGAUCAUUAGAAAGUCUGAACGACAGAGGCUCAAAACAAACCUCUGUUCAGUAUUGACACAUUGAUAAUGCAUUUAUGUAGCUUGAGCUAAAGAUAACUACACUUUUAAAUGAUAAGCUUAUUUUGGAUACCCACUAAUGAAUCCAGCACCACGUUAUUCUCUGUCUUGCUUCUUCACAACAUACAAAUAUCGAAGCAAGUUUUGAAUAUGUGGCGUGUUCACGUUGGUAAAGUCUGUAUACUGACAUUAGUUUGUAUUCGAUGGACACUGCUCCGCGACAGGUGCAAAACACAAAAACAGAUUGUGAAUAGAAACAAAAUUGCAGGUAAAUUAUCUUUGAACGCACCCAGGAAAGAGAAAAUUCGAUUAGAUCAUUUGAAAAAUAUUCAGAUUUCUUUUUGUGCUGUUUAAUUGGAAGUGAUAUUUCAAAGUCACAGUUAGAUUGACUUGCAUUGGCACAUUGAUCAUUUCUUAUUAGUAUGGAUAUGGAUAUUUUUCAGCCAGGACCAUUACCACCAUUGGAUGGAUUUGCCAUGGAUUUUUAUUAUGAGAUAUUUAUGGUCCUCGGCGGAUGAACCAUACAAAUUGUGGUUGCCCGCUGCAACCAGCAUUAUCCCAUCGAAUAUCGCAACAUCUGCAACAUGGAUCUAUACAGACAUUCAUGGUCCCCAGAUGAUAAUUCCUCUGAGGAUUAAUGACUUUUACCACGACCACGAGGUUCACGUUUGUUGCUUUGAGUAGUAAGGUCUCGAUAACUUCUAGAUGGAUUGCCGUGAAAUUUGACACACACACACACACACACACACACACACACACACACACACACACAUACAUUAGUGAUCCCUCUCAGGAAAAAAAUGUAAGAACUUUGGUGAUGCCAGACUUUUAAUCUGCCACCAUCAUCCUUGUCAAAUGUAAAAGUUGUUCAGUAAAUUAGUUUUUGACUAAAUACUCAAAACCAUACUGGUAUUUCCACGAGUCUCCGCUGUACAUGUCAGAUGUACAGUACAAAGCAAAGCUGUAGAAUCAUGGUCCUGUUUGGACUCAAAGCAAGUAGUGGUAGUAUGAUAGUGGGGCUUACUGGCUGAUUUAAAAUCAUUGUGAUAAAUACGGACUUUAGGAUUUGUGGUAUGACAUGAUUUUCUUUUUAUUGCACCCUCUGUAAUUACCUCUUUCUCCCCAAAAUGAACUGUGUCCAUGCUUUUUAAAUGUGGCUGUAUUUCAGAGAAGAACUGACUGUUAGCUCGUCUCACCGAGAAUGUUAAUCUCCCACCCGCUGUCCGUCGAGCAUCAGGAGGUCAACGAGGGCCGACUAGUCGUUAUUUUUGCAAAUUCUUUACAUCCCUGGAUGAAUGAUUGUUAACUUAUAAUAACCCCUACAAGUGUAGAGGACUGUGCGGGAGGCGAAGUGGAGACGUUCUCCACGUCGCUAGCCACGUAGCACACGCUUUUAGCGAACUGAAAUGUAGAAUGUAACCACAUUAAGUGUUUGAGCAGAUGACCGCUUUUGGAUUAAAAACGUGUUCCAAUAGUA